AUGAUGAAGGCAAUGGCUACGAUCGAGUGGCGUUUGCAGUCUCGUUCGAAUGUGGAGUUUCGACGAGCAAGGACGUGUCUGGAAUGUGGGCUGUCGACAGUGGUGCAACGCACCACAUUUGCCACGACAAGACCAAGUUCGCAAGUUUGGCAGAGCGCAAUGAGGGCGAACUUGGUGGCUGAUGGCAACAAGGUGGCCAUCAAGGGUGUGGGAACCAUCAUGGAAAAGGUGGUUCUGCCCAACGGUGAAGAGCGUGAGAUCGAAAUCAAGAACGCGCUAUAUGUUCCAAGUAUGAGCAAGAACCUGCUCUCGGUGCCACAGAUUAACAGCCAUGGCAAGUUUCAAGUCGUGUUUGACGGGUCCAAGAUGUAUGUGACUCUCAAGAACUCACAGCAAGUGGUGGCGACAGCGGAUCUCGUGGAUGGACUCUACUGGCUUCGGACGACUCAACGAUCAGCGAAUGUGACAACAAGUGGAACCAGUUGUGCCGAUCUACAUGCGAGAAUGGGUCAUGCUCCAGUCGAUGUACUUCGCAAGAUGAUCGCGACCAACAUGAUCAAGGAUGUGCGAGUCCCUCUCAAGUCGGGUGGAGCAACUACAUGUCGAGGAUGUCAACAAGGGAAAAUGGUCCAAAAACCAUUUCCAAGCAACCGAGACAAGCGCAGCUACGAUACGUUUGAGCUACUUCAUCUGGACAUCUGCGGGCCCAUGGAAAAGGAUUCGCUCGGUGGCAGCAAAUAUUUGCUGCUGAUCAUCGACGAAGCCAGUGGAUGCAUGAAGGGCUUUGUCUACGAGUGA